GUGUUAUGUAUAAUGUAAGCUUUAAACGGUUAAUGUGACUCACUCAAACUCGGGCGGAGCCGCAGUAUAAAUUCCUCGGGUCUGUCUUGUCCAGCUCUUGCGCAGGACAUUCUCUCUGUCUGUCUUUCAGGUGUCACUCUGCCUUUACUACAACAACCACAAUGCCGUCUGAUCUGGAGAGAUCAAUGGAAACUCUCAUCACUGUGUUUUACCGUUACGCGGGCACUGAGGGGGACGCAACAACAUUGAGUCGUAGAGAGCUCAGACAGCUGAUGGAGACAGAGCUGUCCAGCUUUCUUAAGUCUCAGAAGGAUCCUGCUGCAGUAGACAAGAUUAUGAAGGAUCUAGACGCUAAUGGUGAUGGACAGGUGAAUUUUGAGGAGUUCGUGGCUCUUGUGGUCGGUCUGUCCAUUGCUUGUGAACAGAUCUACAAGUUGCACAAGGCAAAGCCAGCUGUUGUAAAAAAGAACUAAACAGUGAAACGAGAGGGUAAAAAUAUGUCUGUUUUUCAGUUUUUUGUGGAUUUUUCGAAUGGACACUGUAAGGCACUUGCCUUUAUUUGAAGCCAUCACUGUUGUGAAAAGUAUACAGUGUAUGAAAGGAUGUUUUAAUGUGGUUAAUUCUUUCCAAAGGAAGAGACAACAAAUAUGAUCUCCUAAUGUACUGUAAAAUUUACAAUGAAAAUAAACAUUCAAUACAUUUUAAAUUUC